UGACCGCUAAGAUUGCGAUAUAUUUAUAUUUCUGCAAUUUGGUCCGUGUUUAGAAAAAGCGAAGCCUAUUUUGUUUCAGACAAAGUUGUGUUGCAAACCAAAAAACUACCACCAGCUUUCCUCCAUACGAAUCAGAGGAGGAGAGAGAGAGAAAGAGCGAGGAGACACAGACACAAAGGCAACGGAAAAAGCAACGAAAAAAAAGGUCUGUGCCUCCUCUUAUAUGUAAUAACUAAUUUCUGAGAAAAAAAAAAGAAGUAAAUAAAAAGGGCAUGGAUUACGAACACAACAGUUGGAUUUGGGAGGGGGUAAACUACUACCCGCGCGUGUUUGGGGGUCUAAUGGUUACAGCAGCCUUGCUGGGGUUGUCAACCAGCUACUUUGGUGGGAUUGGUGUUCCUUAUUUGUCACUGCCAUGUUCUUGGUCUAAUUUGGGGAUUUUCCACAAGAAGAAGUCUGGGAAGAGGCGCAUUCGGGUUUACAUGGAUGGAUGUUUUGAUCUGAUGCAUUAUGGCCAUGCCAAUGCUCUCAGACAAGCAAAGGCUCUUGGAGAUGAAUUGGUUGUGGGUCUCGUGAGUGAUGAGGAGAUCGUGGCCAAUAAAGGACCACCCGUUUUGUCUAUGUCAGAAAGGCUGGCCCUUGUCAGUGGAUUGAAAUGGGUGGAUGAGGUCAUAACCGAUGCUCCUUAUGCAAUUACUGAGAAAUUCUUGGAUCGUCUCUUUCAUGAAUACAAAAUUGACUAUGUCAUACACGGUGAUGAUCCGUGCCUGCUUCCAGACGGAACAGAUGCAUAUGCUGCAGCAAAGAAAGCUGGUCGUUACAAGCAAAUUAAGCGUACUGAAGGAGUUUCCAGUACAGAUAUCGUAGGGAGAAUACUGUCUUCUUUAAGAAAUAAAAAAAGUUGUGAAGAUCAUAAUGGCAGUGAGGUAAAACCUCAAGAAGAAAACCCAUCACAGGCUUCCCACAUAGCUCAAUUUCUACCAACUUCCCGACGUAUUGUCCAGUUUUCAAAUGGCAAGGGUCCUGGACCAAAUGCACGUAUUGUAUACAUUGACGGGGCUUUUGAUCUCUUUCACGCAGGCCAUGUUGAGAUACUUAAGAAGGCUAGGGAGCUUGGAGAUUUUCUUCUAGUUGGAAUCCACUCAGAUGAGACCGUGAGUGAGCAUAGAGGAAAUCACUAUCCAAUCAUGCAUCUGCAUGAGCGUAGCCUUAGUGUGUUAGCUUCUCGUUAUGUUGAUGAAGUUAUUAUUGGUUCACCUUGGGAAAUUACAAAGGACAUGAUCACCACUUUUAAUAUCUCACUAGUUGUGCAUGGUACUAUUGCUGAGAAGUCAUUAAAUUGUGAGCUAGAUCCAUAUGAGGUCCCCAAGAGCAUGGGAAUAUUCCGUUUGCUCGAAAGCCCAAAAGAUAUUACUACUGCCACUGUAGCCCAAAGGAUAAUGGCCAAUCAUGAAGCUUACGUGAAACGCAAUGCUAAGAAAACUAGGAGUGAGCAAAGAUACUAUGAAGAGAAAAAAUUUGUCUCCGGAGACUAGAGUGUACAGAAAUGAUGUUGGACAUUAAUUUGGUACUGCUCUUUAAGCUUGGCCCUGUCACAAAAAUGCUACAUACAGCAUGAAUCCAUACACAGUUUGUGAAGGAGAAAUAGUGCAGGGUUUGUAGGCCAUAACUCAGGAAUAGCGAUGUACUUUAAUGCCCUGCCGUUUUGUUUUGAAUUUUUUUCCAUCUGAAAGGCAUCCAUGUGGUUUGUUCACAAGUUUUAUGCCAUUUGGUUUUUCUGUGGUUGGUGUUUAGUGUACCCCAAUUGGAGGAUUCCUUACUCUGAUAGUAUAUUGUCACUGUCAGAGGUUAUACGUAUCACUGUCUUUCCUUUAUUUAUUUCUACUCUGCAGAAUCAUUUGAUUUGGUUGUGGAAAAACCUAUUCCGUUAUGACAGCCAAUAAAAGAAAAUGAUAGCAGCUUCUUUUUUUUA